AUGUCUAAGGCUAUUGGAAUAGAUUUGGGUACAACGUACUCGUGCGUGGCACACUUUACGAACGACCGGGUGGAGAUCAUUGCCAACGACCAGGGUAACAGAACGACGCCCUCGUACGUUGCGUUCACUGACACAGAGCGGUUGAUUGGAGAUGCGGCCAAGAACCAGGCAGCCAUCAAUCCUAGAAACACGGUAUUUGACGCCAAGCGUCUGAUUGGACGCCGUUUUGAUGAUCAGGAAGUAACGACGGACGCCAAACAUUUCCCUUUCAAAGUGGUUCCCAAGGAUGGCAAGCCACACGUGGAGGUUGAGUACAAGGGCGAAACCAAGGUGUUCUCGCCUGAGGAAAUCUCGGCCAUGGUGCUGGGAAAAAUGCGUGAGACCGCAGAAGGCUACUUGGGUGGCUCGGUGUCAGACGCAGUGGUCACGGUGCCCGCGUAUUUCAACGACUCGCAACGGCAGGCCACCAAGGAUGCAGGCACCAUUGCGGGGCUCAACGUUCUGCGGAUCAUAAACGAGCCUACAGCCGCCGCCAUCGCUUACGGUCUCGACAAGAAGGGCCGUGAGGAGCACAACGUGUUGAUUUUCGACCUUGGGGGCGGAACUUUUGAUGUCUCGCUAUUAUCAAUCGACGAGGGUAUUUUUGAGGUCAAAGCCACCGCGGGUAACACGCAUUUGGGUGGUGAGGAUUUCGACAACCGUCUCGUUAAUCAUUUGGCGGCCGAAUUCCAACGUAAAAAUAAGAAGGACCUAACAGGCAAUCAGCGGUCCUUGCGUCGUUUGAGAACGGCCGCGGAACGUGCCAAACGCGCGCUUUCGUCAUCUGCACAAACUUCCAUCGAAAUCGACUCUCUUUUCGAAGGCAGUGAUUUCUACACGUCGUUGACCAGAGCUCGUUUCGAAGAAUUGUGCGCCGACUUGUUCCGCUCCACAUUGGACCCUGUGGAAAAGGUUUUGAGAGACGCAAAGCUUGAUAAGUCGCAAGUGGAUGAAAUUGUUCUGGUUGGUGGUUCCACGCGUAUUCCCAAAGUUCAAAAGCUCGUUACCGAUUUCUUCAAUGGGAAAGAGCCCAACAGGUCUAUCAACCCAGACGAGGCUGUUGCUUACGGUGCUGCCGUGCAAGCUGCAAUCUUGACGGGUGAUCAAUCUUCGAAGACGCAGGACUUGCUAUUGUUGGACGUGGCUCCUUUGUCGCUAGGUAUCGAGACAGCAGGCGGUAUCAUGACCAAGCUGAUCCCUAGAAACUCUACGAUUCCUACCAAGAAAUCUGAGACGUUUUCCACCUACGCCGACAAUCAACCUGGUGUGUUGAUUCAGGUGUUCGAAGGUGAAAGAACGAGGACUAAGGACAACAACCUGUUGGGUAAGUUCGAGCUAAGCGGAAUUCCUCCGGCUCCCCGUGGUGUGCCUCAGAUUGAAGUAUCGUUUGACUUGGAUGCAAAUGGUAUCUUGAACGUGCAUGCGUUGGAAAAGGGUACCGGCAAAUCAAGCAAGAUCACAAUCACCAAUGACAAGGGGCGUUUGUCGAAAGAAGAUAUUGAGAGAAUGGUGUCGGACGCUGAAAAAUUCAAAGCAGAAGAUGAAAGCGAAGCCGAGAGAGUUCAGACUAAGAACUCAUUGGAGGCCUACGCUUUCAGCUUGAAGAACUCGAUAAAUGAGCCUGCUUUCAAGGAAAAAGUGGGAGACGCUGACUACACAAAACUCAAGACCUUCGUGGAGGAAACCAUCACAUGGCUCGACUCUUCGCAAUCAGCGUCCACGGACGAGUACAAGGAUAAACAAAAGGAAGUGGAAGAGGUUGCGAACCCAAUAAUGACCAAAUUUUAUCAAUCUGGAGGAGCUCCUGGUGGUGCUCCUGGUGGUGUUCCUGGUGGUGUGCCUCCUGGCGGGGCACCUGGAGGGGCAGCUCCCGGGGGAGAUUCUGGUCCAACUGUGGAAGAAGUCGAUUGA